CCGGUGAGCCAAGAACAACAAAAUAAUCUAAAAGAUCAGAAACGGGACACCUGGUUUCUUUAUUUUACCAUGAUAACUGGUAUUUUAACAUGGCUUUCCGGAGGGUCAUCACUCGUUUGGCCCUCUCCUGCCAUAGUAAAACUAAAAUCAAAUGUAACAGGCGAAAAUCCCUUGGGCAGACCUAUUACAACCCUUGAAAUAUCCAUGUUGCUUGGAACCCCGAGCGCAGUCUCAUUACUUGGUUCUGCUUUAUUACCAAAACUGGCCGAUAUAUUGGGAAGAAAGCGCUGUAUACAUCUAAUGGGAUCAGCAAUGUUCCUUAGUAUGUUAGCAUUAGCAUUUAGUGACAAUAUAAACCAAUUCAUCAUUUUCUAUACACUUACUGCAAGUAUUUUUGCUGGAAUUAUGGGUGUUUUACCAAUGUACAUGACUGAAAUAUGCGAAGAUCAUAAUAGGGCUAAAUAUGGUUGUCUUAUGACCGUUUGUCUGCCUUUAGGUCAACUAUACACAUUUUUAAUUGGACCUUUAUUAAGUAUUCAAUGGUACACCCUUCUACUAGCAGCACCUUUAAUUCCUUUUAUGGUACUGUUUUUCUUUGUACCUGAAAGUCCAGUGUUUUUACUAAAAAAUGAAAAGGAAAAUGAAUGCAUAUUUGCUAUAAGAAAACUAAGAAGUAAUAAAAUUGAUGAAGAAUUAGAAACAGAUUUUCUUCGUAUUAAGUCGGGAUUAGGCGCAACUGUACAACAUGGAAACACAUUUACUAAGUUAUUUAAUACCAAAGAGGGCAGAAUUGGUGUAUUAUUGGCUUUAAUUCCAAUGUGUACACAAUUUUUAUCAGGGAUACCAGUCAUACUACCACUUUUAGCUCCUAUAUUCAAUGAGUCUGGAUCAAAUAUGUCAGGAAAUAACAUAGCAAUAUGUGUAGGAGCAACAAAACUAACAUGCUACUUUUUAGCCUUUUUAGUAGUCGAGAAAGUUGGAAGAAAACCAUUAUUGCUUUUAUCGUCUAUCGGUGUAGGUAUUUCCAUUUUUGUUCUAGGAUCAUUUUUUUAUCUGAAACAUAUAGAUUACUAUUUAAUUACUCGGAUGCACUGGAUACCUCUUAUAAGCAUAUUAUCAGUCGUUGUUUUUUAUUCAUUAGGACUAGGUACAAUCCCUCUAGGUAUGAUCAGUGUUAUGUUUACUGUAGAGCUUAGAUCUACUGCGACCUCUUUUGUAAUCACCACUACGUACUUGCUGGUUGCUUUAUACCUUACACUAUAUCCUUUAGUAUCUGAGGCUAUUGGAAUCUACUGGUGCAUGUGGCUAUUUGCAACAACUUCUUUUGCUGGUUCUUUUUUAAUGUACAUGUUUUUACCAGAGACAAAAGGAAAGAGUAUAGAAGAAAUACAAGAUAUUAUAAAAAAAAUGUAAUAUUAUAUUUUUGUUAUUGUUAAACAUUUAAAUUUACUUUCAUAUAUUUUUAUAUUAUGUAAAAUAUUUUUAUGGGUACCAUUACUUAUGAAUAAAAUAAAAAAAAAUUAAUGUUUUAAUUUGGAUUAUUAUAUAUCUUCUUUGGCAUAUUUCAGGGUCUAUCAUGCUGGAAUUAAAACAAUUCUAUUUUUUUUGUCACUUAAUAUUUCGUCAACUGAUUGGUGGCUUCAUCAGAAGUAAACUAAAUGUAAUAACACAAAAAGAUAAGACAAACAUUUUUACUACACUUUUUAAAAUUAGACUCACAAUUUUAAAAUAAG